CUGAUAUGACGUCCUACCAUUCUCACUGCGCAUGCACGGCUCAGGGAGCGUGCAGAGCGGCGUGCACCAGUGCGCUGUGUCCCUUGGACACAGUGGAUCACGGAAAGAGCUGAAGAUGUCGGCUCCGUCAUGUGAUCUGCUGUGUCCAAUCACAGCUGAUCACAUGGGACAUGUACACUGAUCAUCAGGGCACUGAGUGCCAGUGCCACAUCAAUGCCACAUAUCAGUGCCCAUCUGAGCUGCCUUUCAAUGUCACCCAUCAGUGCCGCCUAUCAGUGUCAUGUAUCAGUGCUGCCUUUCAGUGCCCAUCAGUGAUGCCUGUCAAUGCCCAUCAGUGCAACCUACCAGUGCCACCUAUCAGUGUCCAUCAGUGCAGCCUCAUUAGCGCACAUCAGUGAAG